UCUUUACUUCUUUGUUUUUGCCUUUUGUAUUUAUUUGUUCGUUUACCACCUAUUUUCUCUCUUCUACCCAAACUCCGCUGUCAAGUUUACUUUCCCUUUCCGCAGCUUUGCAAUUGCAAUGGACGGCGAUAGAAGUAGCGAAUCAUCCCCCGAAAGGAAGGGGAAAACGAGGAAAAUCGAUAACCUAGGGCCAGAUAGAUUGAGUGAUUUGCCUGAAGAAUUGCUGCUUCAGAUCAUCGAGCGUUUGCCGCUGGACGACGCCGUUCGAACAGGUGUGCUCUCUAGAAGGUGGAGAAAUCUCUGGAAGGAUGUCGAUGAAGUCCUUGUUAGAUGUCCCUCGGAAGCUAUCCCCGCCUAUUCGGGGGCCGAAGGCCCUGGGGAUUGCCAAUUUAGAUCCUUAUGUCGCCGUUUGCAAAAUCGCUUGGAUCAAAUCACUGAUACUUUGUACAAACUCAGUCGCCCUAAUAUUAGAAAAUUCACGUUCAGCAUUAAGACCGGUCAACUUUCCCUAUAUGAUGUGGAUUAUGAUGAUUCCUGGACUAUCUGGGCUCACUCGAGUAACGUUAAAGUUGUUUCGAUGGAAUUGAGCGAGACCAAGUACUAUCGCCUCACGUGUUUCUGCCGUAACUCAGCGCUCGAGGAGUUGUACAUUCGGGGAUAUACCCGUUUGUCAAUCUGGGACCGCUCCGUAAGUUGGAAUUCGCUCAAGAUUCUGUCCCUUUCGGAACUUUGUAUUACUGAAGAGGGCAUGCAUAAAAUACUCCGAGGCUGCCCUGUUCUGAAAACUUUGGAUCUAAGCGAUGUUUAUAUUGUUCCUCGGCUUGAAUCCUUGGAGAUUAAUGGAGUCUUGGAUAAAGAUUAUCUUCAGCUGAUCAAUGGAUCGUCGCUGCUCAAGGCCAAUAUUGAUUUGAUAUUUGCAGUGGCUUAUGUCGAUGGUGAGUAUGAUGAGGAGGAUGAGGCGGAGUUGAUAAUAAGUCGGGGCACAAAUAUUUUGAAAAGUGCUGUCAAUGUUGAGGAACUUACUUUAGGUGUAUUCCAUGUUCAGGCCUUGUCUCUUAAGAAAGUUUUAGGCAAAUCUUGUCCAUCAUUCAUAAAUUGCAAGCAUAUGAUCUUUACAACAUUUUUUUUCGAAUAUGAACUGCCCGGCAUUGUACAUCUGCUUGAAAGCUCUCCAAAUUUAGAGACGCUGUCGAUACUUGUGGAGCAUGGAAUAGUUUUGUGCAAUUGGAAGAAUAUUGCUGAAAAUUUCAUUCGAAACGCCUGGGACGUCAAUGGAGCUGAAUACCUGAACUCACAAACUGCACAAUUCCAACACUUGAAGUGCGUCAAAAUCCGGUAUACCUUUUUUCCGGAUUGUCGUUCAUUCUACGGGUGGAAUGACGAUGUUGAACGCUUCGACUCGCACCUGGCGGCUUAUAUUAUGGCGAACUCGCCUUCUCUGGAAACGCUGGUGAUCGCCUUCUCAGGGUUUGACAAUAUACACCGUUGGUCCUCCCUACGCUGUUUUUUUGGUUUUAUCUCCAAAAUCUAUGAUGAAUUUACACUUCAGUGUCAAAAUCAAUUGGCAGAUGGUAGAUGGCUAGUAACCAUUGACCUCUCUAAAUUUGAGAUUAGAUGCUGCAAAAGGGUCUCUGUAUGAUAUCCUCAGCCUCAACUUCAUGUAUAAAUUGAUAUCUUAUGCAAGCAUUGUUCAUAUCAAGUGCUUUAAAAUUUAAAUGACUCCAAUUGAUUUUUAAUGCGAU